AUGGCGAAUCCAAAUAAUUAUGGGAAGAAAGAAGCCGAGGAUGAUGAGAACAUAUUUCCUUUCUUCUCAGCCCGAUCCCAAUACGACAUGCGUGCCAUGGUCUCAGCCUUGACUCAAGUCAUUGGAAACCAAAGCAGCUCUGAUAAUAAUCAACAUCCUGUUGCGUAUAAUCAACAAGAUCCUAUCCAACCGGUUCCUCCAACUCAAGAUCAAGGAAACUUGAGGAAGAGACAUUAUAGAGGGGUACGGCAACGACCAUGGGGAAAGUGGGCAGCAGAAAUUCGUGAUCCACAAAAGGCAGCACGCGUAUGGCUCGGAACAUUUGAGACCGCUGAAGCUGCGGCUUUAGCUUAUGAUGAAGCAGCUCUUAAGUUCAAAGGAAGCAAAGCCAAACUCAAUUUCCCUGAGAGAGCUCAACUAGCAAGUAACACUAGUACUAUUACUGGUCUACCAAACUAUUACUCUUCUAACAAUCAAAUUUACUACUCAAAUCCACAGAGCAAUCCGCAAACUAUACCAUAUUAUAACCAAUACUACUAUAACCAAUAUCAUCAGCAAAGAGGAAAUGGUAAUGAUGCACUAAGCUACAGUUUGGCCAGUGGGGAAACCGGAGGCUCAAUGUAUAACUAUCAGACGUCAUCUGCUACACCUUCUUCCUCUUCCGGUGGAUCUUCAAGGCAACAAGAAGAACAAGAUUACGCCAGAUUUUUGCAUUUUGGGGAUUCUUCAUCUCCUAAUUCGGGUUUUUGA